CGUUUCGUUUCUGUUGUUUUCUUUGGAUGAUGUGAGAGAUGUAGGAGUCCAGUUUUGGCUGCCUUCAAAUAUGGGAACGUUUCUCUCGCUACACUAAUACAUAUUGAGGUUCAUAUCCCCAUUAUGGUGAGACUGAACCUCCUGAUCCUGCUGUGCCAAGUUGCUUUUCAAAUAUCUCUCUGUCAGCUGGUUAUAAAUGUGCGCAAUCAAGGAGGAGAUGUUCUCCAUGAAAAUCUCAUUGCCAACACCUCCGACGAGACAAUACUCCUGGAAUUUCGCAAACCAGAAGGAACACAUGUUACACAGUUUAUCGAUUUUAAAAUGGAAGUUCAAGUGUUCCGAGUGUUGGUUCUUGGAGAGGAGGAGCAGAGUCAAAACCUGUACCAAGUCAUGUGCUUUGUGACACGCUUCAACAAAGUAAACUUCAUAUCGGUCGACGCUAUGUCCAAGCUUCGCCAGAGGAAUCCAACGGCAAUCCGCCAACCUGAAGAGGACCGGGGCCGUGAGUUGCUCAGCAUGGACCUUGGCGUUGACCUGACAAAGUCUUCCAUUAUAUCUCCACACCUGCCUGCCUUCUGCCAGGAAGCAGCCGAUGCCACCUAUGCCAGGGAGGUUGACCUGCGAGGCUGGGCCACCACAAAGGCAUCCAGCAAAGACUUGGUGGACCUGACAGCAGCUGUGCACCACCUUCCCAGUGACCCAUCCUUGGUGCACUGUAAUGCCAGCAGCAACUGGUGGCAGCCCUGCCAGUGCCACUUGGAAGUGUGCGUGGGCUGGUACCCCUGUGGCCUCAAGUACUGCCGCGGCAAGGACGCCACCUCCGGGCGACCCACGAGCUUCCGCUGCGGGAUCAAAUCCUGCCGAAAGUGCCGUGACUUUGAGUACUAUGUCAGGGAGAAGCGGCAGUGUCUCUGGGAUUAGCAGCCGUGGGUCACGCUCACAUGUAGCUAGAGAGUCGGGCGGAAGCAAACGUGCCUACAGUUUACGUUGAAAGUGUUUUAAAUGUUGUCACACACACGAUGUACAAAACAAACUAACAAGGUGGCAUUUAUUUAAUGCUUGCCUCGCCUUAAUGUCAAAUGUCACUGCGGAAAGGUUUAUAAUUCUGAGAGGGGCAGCUUCCAGAAUGCAUGUGAGCUGUUUUGCAUGUGGUGAGCGCUGAUAGUGUGUGAAGCUGUACUUUAGCCAGUAGGGGGCUUAAAGGGGGUUCUGCAGAGUCCAAAAAACACUGCUACUGUUGCGCGCAUCACUGCUACUGUUGUAGUCUCCGGGGAACGACUCUGCAAAGUUUUGUCACAUUUAGUGGACGUGAGCGUAUUUUAAAACUAUUCCCAAUUAUGCAAAACUCGCUGGCUCUCCACUGUAGGCAACCUGUUCUGUGACGUAAUUGCUCAUUUCCGAAUGAACGGAAGCAGUCGUCUUCGCAUUGGCCACAUCCGGCUAUUUGGCUCCGUUGUGACUGUGCGGCAUUCUCCUGCGAAAUGGCCUUGCAGUCUGGCUGACGUUGACUGAAACUGGCUACCCCACUCCGGAAGGGCGCACGCCAGGUGACCUGCAUUGAGGAAUGACGUCACGAUAGCAACGAAAAUUGUGUUUCUUUUGUGUCGGCAAAACUGAAACUGAAACAUAGUUAAUUGCCAUGUCCAGAAGCAACCAAUAUUGGUGGGCUGUGAGUAUGAAUAUAUGAGUCCAUACAAACAUUAUAGACCCAACAUGAGAAAAGUUUCAGUCUCUCUGUGCAGAACCCUUUAAAGCCACGUGGAGGUUGCUUUUCUAGCUUCACGGUCCGGCUCAACUUUUUAGGUCUUUUUGGCUGAUCUGUUUUUACUGUCUUCAGUUUUGUGUUUCAAUAGCACUGAAAUUUGCUAUGAUUCCUGAGACAACGUAAUUUCAUCGUAUGCAUAGCAGCUUGCACCUUCUUCUGCUCUACUGUGCUCUAUACAAUCUGGAAUAAUCACAUUUUUCAUCUACAUCAGUACCGUUUGACGAAAGUAGUAUAAUAUGCAUCUCGUCUAUUCUAGUGUACCAGUAACAAAAUGUUUUAAUUCCUAUUUCUCAAGAAUCUCUGGCAAUGUUGUUGAAUAUCUACUCUCAAAAAGAAACAUGCAAAAAUUGGAAAACAGUACAAGUACAAUACUGCUACAGUAAGAGUAGAAAUUGAUGAUAACAGUACGUUUCAGAAUGAAAUCACAUUCCAUGGCAGAAAAAUUCAACACCACAUUUGUACAAUUUCUUUUCUUUUUUGUCUGUUGGUCACUUGUGGCCUCUAAUCUGACAAAGUUUGCCUUUUUUAUAUUUUUACUCAACACUAAUGUGAUUCACUGCAUUUGGAACACUGGAUGGGCCUUUCUUCAGGCCUUAUCAGCAGAAGCAUUUAACGUGAAUCUCACAAUUUAUGUAAGAAUGCCGACACACAGGCAGUAUUAACGUACCCAGUCUGCAAGAUGCCUUUUUGUAUGCAGUAUUUGCAUCGAGCGCACAGUACGUAUUGUGCAUGAAGAUACAUAUCACAUGUUACCUCGGUUUUGUUCUAUAAUAGAGUCAUGUUCUAAUGAUUCGUUAGUCAAGGGAUUCCAACUUCAUGCAAGGCACUGGUCACCGAGUGUGUGUACAAGCGCUAUACAUGGUCAACACUGGUCUUUGUGUGCACUGAGUUGUUCCAACAUUUUUAUGAAGUCUACCGUAAGAUAGCAAUGGUCCAAAAAAAUAACAAUGUAUAGUUUAUGCAAGUAAAUAUUGCGAUUGCUUCAUGGAAGGCAACUUCACGGAAUGUGGGACAUGCUUGCUUCCUGCCCCACUCCCCUUUAAAGAUACUUUGCUGCUGUCAUGGCCUCCAUGCUAUGCUCCCACUUUUGCUACAGAGAGCUACUUACUUUUUAAUAUGAGGGAACAAAGAUAAGGUUACAAUUGUUCCAACUGUUUCAUAAUUUAGUAUGGAAACAUGAAAAUGAAUUGUUACUCUACACGUAUAUACAAAAUAAAGUUUGUUUUAUUAAGCCACCAAA